GAGACUGAAUUCCUUCUCUUCUUCCUUGAUCUGUCCUAGGUGGCAAGAGCCAUGCAAUUCUCCGGCUCAGCCAGGGCAGCGGAUGAGAACUUUGACUAUUUGUUCAAGAUUAUCCUCAUCGGGGAUUCCAACGUGGGGAAGACGUGUGUGGUGCGGCAUUUCACGUCCGGGGUCUACACUGAGACGCAGCAGAACACCAUUGGGGUGGACUUCACUGUGCGUGCCCUGGAGAUCAACGGCAAGAAAGUGAAGAUGCAGGUGUGGGACACUGCAGGCCAGGAGCGCUUCCGGACCAUCACCCAAAGCUACUACCGCAGUGCCCACGCGGCCAUCAUUGCCUACGACCUCACCCGGCGGUCCACGUUCGAGUCUGUUCCUCACUGGAUUCACGAGAUAGAGAAAUACGGGGCGGCAAACUUGGUCAUCAUGCUGAUUGGGAACAAAUGUGACAUGUGGGAAAAACGGCACGUUCUGUUUGAGGAUGCCUGCACGCUAGCUGAGAAACACGGCCUCCUGGCUGUCUUGGAGACAUCUGCCAAGGAGUCCAAGAACAUCGACGAGGUCUUCGUGCUGAUGGCCAGGGAGCUGAUGGCCCGCCAUAGCCUGCCCUUGUAUGGGGAGGGCCCCCUGGGCAGCCUCCCCCUGGAUUCCAGUCCUGUCCUCACGGCCCCGGGGCCGAGGGAGAAGAGCCAGUGCACUUGUUGA